AUGGGGUUGAAGUGGAUUCUGAAUUCUGCCUUUACUCAAGUUCUGGGGCUCACGGACAAGCAACAACACAAUCAGAAGGAGGCAGGAGAAGGAAUCGAGAAUGUGGAGCAAGUGAAGGAGGCGCAAGAUUGUUUCUAUGGAGGUUUGAAUUUUGAAAGUGGGUUUCAAAUGCCACUUCAUUAUCCCAGGUAUACGAAGGAGGAUUACGAGAAAAUGGAGGAAGGUAAGUUGGAUUUGCUUCUGAAACAAUAUGGACUCUGUUUUGAUGGUACCCUUGAGGAGAAAAGGGCAUUUACUAUCGGGACGUUCUUGUGGCCUGACCAACUUUGA